CAACGUGGAGUUCUUGAUUUCUGCUACAUCUUUCCACCUAUCCCUUAAACCCCUCAUAUCUAAUCUCCAAUUGGACUUUCCUUCCAUUUCCCACUGCACAUUGUCUUAUAACUACCAUAAUAAUGGCCAAAGCUGAAUAUACCUCUGAAAAACUCCAAGAGGUCGACAUUGAGAGCGUUUCUAGCGGUUCUCUGAGUGACAUUUAUGCCAAUGCCCCUACUGGAAAGGCUACCAAUUUCCAAGCUUAUGUCAAUGUUGUAAGCGUACUUGCAGGUGCAGGCACACUUGGUCUGCCUGCAGCACUGCGUGACGCCGGAUGGGUGGGCCUGGUCAUCUUGGUUCUGGCUUGCGCUAUGGCCAUCUAUGCUAAUCAAAAGCUGAUCAAGUGCUUGUACUAUGAUGGUCGUACCCGCCUAAGAGAAUACCCUGAUAUUGCUCAUGCUGCCUUUGGCAUGACAGGAAGGGUUGUCGUUGCCUUUUUCUACAAUUCGAUCGCUCUUGGAGGGCCCGUCCUAUAUCUCAUCCUUACUGGUACCAACAUCCAUGAUCUUGCUUCUUCUGUUGGCAGUUCUAUUACUUUGAAGCAGUGGAUCAUGAUCGCAGCUGCCAUCAUGGUUGUACCAAUUAUCGUUACAAAAACUAUGCGUGAAGUCGCAUUCCUUAGUAUUUUUGUUGCUCUCUCGACGGCCAUAGUAGUUUUCAUUGUCAUGAUUGCUGCUAUUAUCGAUUCCAAAGAUAUUGGCUUGAUGACCAAGCCCGAUGGUUCACUUGCGCCUAUCCAUCAUGACAUUGUCAUUCCUCGAAACUUACCCCUCGCUUUAGCCACAUUUGCCUUUUCCUAUGGUGGAAAUGUCAUUUUCCCUCACGUCGAGGAGAGUAUGAAGAACAAGCGCGCCUGGAACAAGAUCAUCUUUUGGGGGGUGCUGACUGUCACUCUUCUGUACGUGCUAUGCUCCAUCUCUGGAUAUGCGAUCUAUGGUGAUAUUGUCAAGUCGCCAAUCUACCAAAAUUUGCCAGGUGGAGCCACCCGGACCAUCUCGACCAUCAUCAUUACUCUUCACGUCUUGUUGGCGAUCCCUCUCUUCCUUACUACCUUCAACCUCCAGAUUGAAAAUGCUCUCAAACUGGAGUCGCGUGGUUUCUCAUCAAAGGUUGAAUGGCUGUACCGAGCCAUAAUUCGCACCUCUUCCAUGGUUUUGGUAACAGUCAUCGCGCUGUUCUUCCCUUAUUUUGGCCAGAUGAUGUCGCUGCUAGGCGCAAUGAGCGACGGUAUGUUGACAUUCGUUUUCCCCAUCCUCUUUUAUUUGAAGCUGUUUGGCUUCAAGAAGACUAACAAGGCUGAGUUGGUGGUUAUGAUCUUGGUUGUUAUUAUUGGGACCGCUGGCGCAGUUAUUGGAACGAUUGAUGCCAUUAAAGAGUUGGCUAGGGUCUUCCAUGGUGAGGGCCAUCAUUAAAAAUAUAAGCAUACGCGUUCAUUGUUUCAUAAUUUAAAUAGUAACAGCAUAUUUAGAAUCUACAAUUAUAUCCUCCAUUUGCAUGCAC